AGUAGGUGACGCAUUGUAUUUUCUAAUGUCAAUAUGGCAGUGCGUGAAACGCCCACAGUAGUUUUAUCAGAAACCAAUGGACCAGUGUUUGCAGAUAAUGGAGAAGAAAGUAAUCAGAUUUGGGAAUACCCAUGGGCAACAGACAUAAUGAGACAACACAGUAGAAAUUGGACAUUAGCAGGAGAUUCAGGGCUCCUGAAUUUCCUUCAAGAUUUUUCUCAAAGAAUGAUCUCCACAACUCAUGAGAUGGAGAAAACAGUGGAUGGAUUGCUUCAUGAAGCAAAGGUCACAGGAGUUCGAGUGAGCAAUAUUGUUAAUGAUUUUACCAUGCUUUCCAAUACUCAGUUUGUUGAAAAUAGAGUCUAUGAUGAAGAAAUCCAGGAAGAGCCUAUAAUAGAACCAAAACGUACGGAUGACCAAAAAACAAAAGAACAACGAGAGGCAGAAUUAAUUCCUAAAAUCACUCUGGCCCUUAAAUUAGGACUAGAAGUAGUUGAAAAAGCUUUUCAUCAUGUUGAAGUACAGCAGGAAAGUGACAGUGAGGAUGAAGAAAUGCCUGAGAAUACUGAACUGGUCCUUGAAGUGAGAGAUCCAUAUCUUCACCGUUCCUUACCUCAUAUUAUAGGAUCCGAUGCUUUCCAUCAUGAUGAACAUGUUGGACUUUUAGAUCUUCUUAGUGAAGAAGAAGAAAAAAGCAGUGUUGAAGAGUAUGAAAGUGAAGCAUCCAAAGAAUCUGAAAGUGACUUUGAAGAAGGGAAGAGAAAGGAACAAGACUGGAUCACAAAAGAACAAAACACUAAAAGAUUAUCAGUAUCUUCAGAAUCUUCAGAGAGUUCCAAAAGUGAUUCUUCUGAAUUGUUUAGAGACAGAGAAGAGUACAUAUCAAAUAGUAGCUUUUCCAUUAGUGAUGAAGACAUCAUAAAAGCUGAUGAUAAAAGAAAAAAAAUACCUGAAAAAUCUGCAAUUAAAUCUGAAGUUGAAGCUGUAAGAAGUGGAACAGCUACCAAGCAAUAUACAAAUAACAAAAUUGAACAAAAGGGGGAAGAGGAUAGAAAUAGUAAAAAUGAAGAAGAAUUAUUUGGUAAAGAAGAGGAGGAUGAUUUAGGAUUUUCUGCUUUUGAAACUAAAGCUGGUUUAUUUGCUGGAACUGGUCAGCUGUUUGAUAAUGAUAAAGAUGAAGAAAGUUUAUUUGCAGAUACUAAGAAAUCAUUAAGUGAAGAAGUUGGAGAGCAAGAAGAAGAAGAAAAACUAAUAGGGCCAAGAAAAAGGGGGAAUACAAAAUCUGGAAAGAAGAUUCCUGUUGGUGGAAUAUCUGUAUUUGGAGGAGAUGAAGCAUUCUUUGGACUCCAAGGAUCCCUGAAACAGACAGAUGACUCUCUGCAAACAAAAAGAACAUUGACAGCAAGUGAUAAGCCAAAGGAUAUUUUUGAUGAUGAAUCUGAUGAAGGAGAUGAUAUCUUUGGUUCUCUUGGAAAGCCAUCUAAGCAGACAACAUCAGGUCUUUCAAAGAAAAGCACAGAGUUGGAGAAGCCAGACACAAAAGGCCUUUUUGAUGGAGACGAUGAAGAUUUGUUUGGAAUAAAAAAUAUUUCAUCAGAAGAAACAUUGGUACAACAGUCUCCUCAGGUGACUGUUAUCCAAUCAACUGAUAAAGUUUCAAGACCUGAACCUAUCAGCCAAAGUGACUCAGUUCCUAGUAACAGUCUGUUUGCAGAAGAGACUGAUAAUGAUGAUUUAUUUGCACUAUCACAAGACAGCAAACCAAAAACAAAACUUUCUGGAAAACAUCUGUUUGAUGAAGUGGUUACUUCAGUAGGUCAGAAAGAAACCGUUAAAAAAGAUAUUUCACCUGAACAGACUUUAAGUAAAGAUGAAGGACUAUUUAUUGAGAGUGUAGAAUCAGACCUCUUCAGUGCUGUGGCCAAACCUUCAUCCAGAAAGAACACUGGUGGCAUUUCCCUGUUUGAAGAUGAAAAACUCUUUAAUGAAACAAAUUCCACCAGCAAGGACAAAUCUGAGGAAACACAGAAAUCUACAGCUGUUAUAACAUCACCAACAAAAAAACGUACAACUACAAUUGUUUCACUCUUUGAGGAUGAUGAAGAUGAGGACAAUGAUGGUCUUUUCUCACCAGUCAAUGCAUCCAAAGAAAUUAACACCCAGAGUGUCAAGUCUAAACCUAGAAGUAAGUCAAUGUUUGAGGAUGAAGAUAUACUGUUUGGUGGACCAGCUAAGGAGAGUCCAGAAGUUGACCUUUUUGCUGUAGACAUCCCAAGUUCAGAGCCUGCUCAAACAUCCUCAAGUAAAAUUGUUAAUUCUAAAGCCAAUUCUACAUUAACAACAGCCUCUCGUAACCUUGAUAGAAAGCUUGAAGGGUCAACCAACAAACCAGCUGGGGGAGUUGCAUUAUUUGGUGGGAUUAAUGUAUUGGGUGAGAGUGUGUAUGAUCAAGAUAGAAGCCCAAAUAAAUAUACUAUAGAUGAAACAUGUAGUUCUGACACUUUGGAAACUGUUCAAGAGACAAAGAAAGCACCACCUCUUAAAGACACAAAAAAUAUCUCUGUUAGUUUUGAUGAGCCAGCUGACACCAGCAAUACUUUAAUUACAACAAAUAAAGACCGUGUUAGAAUCCAAAGCAAGAGAAGACCACCUUCCCGUAAAGGAAGACAUGCAGCUGUCAGACAUUCACAGAUACAUGUGGAUGUAGUCGAUGGGGAAAAUGGUUCAGAAGAGUUAAUAGCUUCAUUAACUGAAGAAAAUCCACCAAUUUCAUCCUUUCUUGCUCCCCCAAAACCAGUUAAUUCUGGUUUUCUCAAGUCCCCCUCUACUGAGGAGGAGGACAUUUUUUCAGUUGCUGAAUCACCUGUAAAGUCACAAGAACAGGACAUUUUUGAUUUGUUCACUCCUUCCAAAUCUUCUGACAGUGCUUCCAUUGAAAGUGGCUUAUUUGGAAAAACCAGUCCCAUUAUUUCCAGCAAUUUGAAAGAUAGCUCUGUGCAACAGGAUGCUCAUCCUCCAAAAGUCGGAGAUUCUCGGAAAAAUGACAUUUUUGCUGAAAUUACAUCUCCUUCAGUUAGUAGAAUAAACAUAUUCAGUGAGAGUGAGCCUUUAUUUUCAGAUGAUGGGAAAUUUUCGUCUCAGUUGUCUGGUGAGGCUGGUUUUGAAAAGGAUACCCUCAGUUAUGCUGACAAACACACUUCGAAGGCUGAAAAAGAAACUUCUGAUAUUUCUGUGAAAAUAGAUAAACAAACAUCAAGUAAACUGCCACAAGGAACUACAGUGGAUAUAUUUGCUGAUACAGAAGAUGACAUCUUUUUAAACCUGCCCUCUAUAAAGUCACCAAAACCAACCAUUUCACAGUCAUCUCUGCUAUUUGACAGUGAUGGAUCUGAUGAUAUAUUUGCAACACCACCAACAACAACCAAGUCAAAAAAUAAACCAAAGGAAAUAAUCUCUAAGAAAAAAAAUAUCUUGAAAAGUGAUAACACAGUUUCAUUUGUUGACCCCCUUCUUGGAGAAAAGCAAGAUGUUCUUUGACUACAUUGGAAAAUUCUUUGAAAAUGUUAAGAUUAGUAUUUCAUAUAAUUGAUUUAUAGACCUGAGAAAUUAUUAUUAAUCUUGUAUUUAGAAAAAAAAUACAAAGGUUUAUUGGACAAGUGGUUAAUAAUUAAAACUGAUACCCAUCUGUCAGAAACAUGUUUUGGUCUUUCAGCUUUGAAAAUAUAUAGUUUUAAAGACUUGGAAUAGAAUAUAACAAAAUAAAUAACUUAUGUAAGCCAUGAAAGCAAUUCAUACUUUAUCUACACAAUAUCUUGUUUAAAAAUUUAUCAGAAACUUAAAUUACAAAAUCAUAUAUUAGCAAACAGGCACAAUCUGCAUACAUACAAAAUAGACACUGAAUAUUUAGUACAAAUGCUACAGCUUUUUCAGUUUAGCCAGAUUAAACUUUUGGAACAGUCACAAGAAUUUCUGUGAGAAAACAUAUACAAAAACAUAAAUCUGUUUGAUUAUUAAUUUUUAUGUAAAAUAUGGAACUUUCAGGUUUUUUUUUUUUAAGAUAUAGGCAACAUCACAGGGUAGUAACAUGCGUUGUAUCAAAGUGUUUCUGUAAUAAAACAUACAGUAUACUUCAGAGGAUAUUGUGAGUAUGAUUUAUCUGUUUAAUCCAUCCUUUUUUGGUUUUGUUUAAUAUGUAGUCUUCAUAUUAUUAAUUUCAGUUCGAGUGUUAACAUAAUCUUAUGUGAAUAGGAUAUGUAUGUAUAUUUUGUAGUAAAUACUUCAGCUGAAUGAAUGGAUUUCUGUGAAAUAAAGUACCCAAUAUAAUAAGUCA